AUGGGUUUGAGCGCGAAGCAACGUUGUCAUGCAAAUGGUGUUGGUCUACCUUCGUGUAGUUACAUGCAUGUGUACGCCUAUGUACAGGGAGGACUAUCGCGUGGGUAUAGCGACGGUGGUGACACGGCGGGCGCGGGUCGGAGGUCCGGCCGCAUUCCGCCGUCGCAUGAAAGUGAAACCGCUUCGAUAACCAACCGCUCAGCUGUAGAAAGUCCACGAUUACAUCUCGCCAGCGCCGGCGUCGGCGGACGAACAAAAACUGCUAUCGCGGCAAGUCGCCGAGCUCCCGGGAAGCGAGGCGCCCCGGGCGACAUCGCGCAGAGAAAUUGCCUAUAA